AUGACUGAGCCCCGCCACCAAACACCAGCUCCUAUGUACAGCGAAGAUCCCGAACCAGUCUACUCAACACCUAUCGCACACCCUACCCCAAUCCACGCAAUGCAAACCGGAGGCCCUGUUAGCCCAACCUCAGAGGCAAACGCAUACCAAAGCCAAGGCCAAAGCGAGAGCCACUCGAUCCCAGACGCUCUCCACGGCCCAACACCAAUCAACGGACACUCAGAGAAACAAUACCCACACCAGCCCGACUCCAUCGGCCAAGCGCCAGACUAUGACGCCGUAACGGGACACGAGAAGGCAUACGCUGGUCAGCCCUUGCCCCAGCAGGGCCCACCCCAGCCAAAUCAGUACUAUACGCCCUACGGCCAUCCCAGUGGAUAUGCGACCGCAGUUCCACUACAUGGUGUUCAGUCUGCGCCUUGCCCGGUAGACUGUCCUGUCUGUGGGGAGCGGGAGAUGACUCGUAUUAACCCGAUUUCUGGGGGAACUACGCAUGGAUGGGCUGCUAUUCUGUGCUUCUGUUGCUGCCUUGGGUGUAUCCCUUACUUGAUGUCUUCGCUCAAGGAUGUUGAACAUUCCUGCGGGAAGUGUAAUGCUAAGCUGGCUGUUUGGCAUAACAGUGGACGGGUCCAGGUUCUGCAAAAUAGCAAUAGAAAAUAG